AUGACACCACCUCCACUUCCACAUCCAACUCCACCACUUGCACCACCACAUUUACUACCUCCACAACCACCGCCACUGCCACCACCACCACCACCUCCAACAUCACCUCAUCCACCACCACCGCCACCACCACAACCACCACCUCCACCUCCACCACUACCACCACCAUCACCACCUCCUCCAAAACCUCCACAUCCACAUCCAUCCCCACCACCACAACCACCAACUCCACUCCAUCACUACCUCUACCACCACAUGAUUAGUGCAUAA